AUGUUAGGCCACUUUGCUGGGACCCAGUCGAGGUCCCAGGCACCAGAUGAUGAGAAUGGCCGAGCGGGCACGGAGCAUGGUCUCGCCACCCCGAUCACGCCUGCACAUCCGGCAUCACAGGUCCGACACCAACGGCCAUGGCAUGUCCGCGACUACGCUGCUGAGGACGUCACAAGUGGAGGACAUGCUCAACCGCAACCUCAAGGGAUAGCGAGCAUGGACAUCCUCACCCACAAGUUGAGCAGUUCCCAUCUGCGUCUAGACAACGGCAUCCCGGCGCCUUUGUCCUGUUACCCGGCUUCUGCCUGUUCCUCUGUGGCCUCCUUUGGCCCGCCGCCUGAGCCCUUCCUGGAAGUGGCCGCUUGCUGCCCCGGGUCCUCAUCAGAACUGCCCGGCCGACAUGCUACACCCUCGUCAAUAGCAUCAACCACCGAGUCUGAUCUCACUAGACAUUCACACAAUAACAAGCAAGACGCCAGGCGCUUACGUCACAAGCCCUCGUCGCGCUGUCUCAAAGAGGCGGCCGCCAUCAGUGCCAUCCAAUCGCGAGUGGAGGAAAUGAUAUCUACAAGCACUCAGUGUAACGUGUACACUCCGUCCUUGGUACCAGUUGUGCCCAUCGAGGCCGAUGACAACGUCACGAGCCACGAGGUGGUAGGGACCAUACUGGAAGUCGACGAUAAUCCCGGCGGUGACGAUGAGUCCGAACUUGCCCUCAUAGACAGGCUCUUGACGUUGCGUCGUGCAAGCGGUACACUUGGAAUCAGGAAGAGCGGAUUCCCGCUUUACCGAUCAUCGACAGAUACCGCCCUCCGCUGCCAGAAUCUUGUUAGAAACAAGCCAAGGAUGAGACGUCGUAAAGUCAAGCCAAACACGAGCCUAUCUACAACUGCUGGGGAGGGAUCGCAACCAUGA